CCGGACAGCUAUCAGGUCAUCUACCUCAAGGUGCCACGCCGCGUCGGGAACCUGGACCCCUCCGUGCUGCACUUCGGCGGCCACGCGUGCACCGUGCUCGAGGUGAACGCCAGCAGCAACAGCUCCUCGUACUCGCACCUGCCGGCCGCACACAGCAAGCUCAACUUCGUCUACUUCUACUCCUUCCUGGCCGGGCUGUUCGUCAUGGAGGCCAUCUUCAUCGCCGCCGGGUAUCUGUUCGUGUUCCGAGCGGACACGGCGGCGCGGCGGAUCCGCGACCAAGGGUACAGCCUGGUGCUCGACCACUUCAAAAGGUUCACGUACGACGAGCUGUCGGCGGCGACCUGCGAGUUCAGCGAUGAGAUCGGGAGGAGCGCGUUGGGGGCUAUUUACAAGGGUGUCUUGGAUGACGGCCGGAGCGUCACAGUGACAAGGCUGGAGGAGGUGAUGCAGGCCGACGAGGUGUUCCGGUCGGAGUUGAGCGCCAUAGGGCGAAUCAACCACAUGAACCUCGUCAGGAUAUGGGGCUUCUGCUCCGAGCACUCGCACCGGCUCCUCGUCUCAGAGCACGUCGACAACGGCUCGCUCGACAAGGCCCUCUUCCUCCGCGGCGCGUCGUUGGGGUGGCACGCGAGGUACGGGAUCGCCGUCGGCGUCGCCAAGGGGCUGGCAUACCUCCACCACGAGUGCCUUGAGUGGAUCGUGCACUGCGACGUGAAGCCCGAGAACAUCAUGCUGGGCGCCGACCUGGAGCCCAAGAUCGCCGACUUCGGGCUCGCGGAGCUGCUGAGCCGCUCCCGGGUGCAGGGUACCAGGGGGUACAUCGCACCGGAGAUGGCGCUGAACCUUCCCAUAACGGGCAAGGCCGAUGUGUUCAGCUUCGGCGUCGUGCUGCUGGAGCUGCUCCGUGGGCAGAGGGUGUGCGACUGGGCGGUGGAUGGAGGAGAUGAGGAGGUGCUGCGCAUGGACUUCCGGCGGCGCGUCGCGCUGCUUAGGGAGGAGACGAGAGAUUUGCAGGAGGCGUGGCUGGAGGAGUUCGUCGACGCGCGGCUGCACGGCGAUUUCAGCUACCUGCAGGCAGCCACAAUGCUGGAGUUAGCGGUGUUGUGCGUGGACGACGAUCCGAGAAGGAGGCCUAGCAUGGACGCCGUCGUGCAAACGCUCCUCUCGACACAGGAUGUCAUGCCGACGUCCGUGCGUCAUGCCCAUGCGGCGUCUCCUGACCAAGAGAUCAGUCACAUCGAUCCCAUGGUCUAAACGUCACACGAUUACCAUCUAAUUAAGAGCAUCCAGAACAAACACAUAGCAAAAGUGAACCCCUAAACGUCUACGGAAGGGUUCAGUUACGUCCGCGGACAGCGACUGGUCACCCUCAUCACAACCACACUCUUCAUUUGACGAUUUCCAUUUUCAUACAAAGCCAUGUAACAUCCAUGAUCUACGUACAUAGAACAUUGUAGGAAGUAGCAAACUAGCCAAUUACCACCUACACUACUAGUCAUGAGAUAUGUCGAUGACGUCCGUGUCAUCGAUCCCAUGGUCUAAACUUCACACGAUUUGCAUCUAAGAGCAUCCAGAACCACACAUAGCAAAAGUGAACCCCUGUUGGCGGAGUAAGCGCAUGUGUAGCCCGAGUGCGAUCCUUAAAUCGCAGCCGUACAAGCCACUGCCGCACCACCCCGACGGCCCGGCGGAUCAGCCCGGCCCCCACUACGCCCUUCGCAACUCGGUGGCCGACGUCGCCAUCGAUGUGGACGACGACUGGCUCUACAGUAGCGACGUCUACAACGACGAUGACUAGGCGGCAUGGGCGACGUGGGCGACGCGUGG